AAGAAGCACCUGCUGCUCUUGUGAACAAGUAGCUGUUGUAGUAGUUGUACUCUCGUAGUACUUGUGGCAGAAGCACCCCCCUCCCCCGCACAUAGAGAGAGAGAGAGAGAGAGAGGGAGAAGGAGAGAGCGCGCGCGCAUGCACCAUCCAUAUCCAUAUAAGAGGGAUAGCGAGAUGCACUGAUAGCUUGCUGGCACGCCCGACGUCGUGGUCGUCCACCUUCCUUCAUUCCUUCCUUCCUUCCUUCCUCCCUCCCUUCCUGCCUCCUUUAGCCUUCAUCUCCUUCCCCUUUCCCCUUCCCCUUCUCGUCCCCUCUCCAGUUGCACCUUCCACAGCCCCGGCUCGCCGUCUGACACGUUUCCGCCUCGGGCGAGCGAGUGCCUUCUUCACGAAAUCCACGCCUCGCGCAAUCUAUCUAAUUUCCUCGUGCGAGAGAGAGAGAGAGAGAGAGAGAGAGAGAGAGCUCGAGUCGCUGACGCUGACGAUUCUCAGGAAAAAUCUCUCGAUCGGAUUGCAAUUUGGAUGGUUUGCUGCCCCAUUUGCGCUCAGGCUGGAAGCGGAUCAACCCUAAUCCCGAGCAGAUGCAUGUCGGAAUUUUAGAGAUCCGUGGAGCGCUAGCGUGGGUUUCGCGUCCGAACGCGUGGAUGGUUUUGCCAUCGCCCUGGGAGUGAUGUUGGCACUGCUCUGGAAGUCUGCCCGCGGGGAUCAAGGGUGUCAGGCACGACGGCAAUGACACGGAUGAUGAUGAUGAUGAUGACGACGAUGAUGAAGAGCAGCGAAUGCGCGAUGUUCUCAAUUGCGGCAUGGCUGACGGCGAACUCAUCGUAACCUGUUUCUGAGUUGAUCGGAAGCCGAAGUGUGGCACACUUCGAUCCUCGUCCUCCGCGAGCAUCGCCUUUUUGAUUCUCGGGCUCGGACAUUUGAUUAAUUGUCCGCGAAGACUGGCAGGCUGAAGGUUUUUUGUAGAUGGGAUGAAGAAAUUAUUUCAGAUUCCAAUCGGAUUUGCAUCAAUGGAGAGGAAAUGGCUGUUGCCCCUCGUAGCGAGUUCUUUAGUAUCGAUAACUUUAUUUUUGGCCGCGACAUUAAGUCUCGGAGCAUCCUCCCACAGAGCACGAGUGUGGACGUUUUUGACCGAUAGCGAUGCUUCGCGAGUCACGUAUGUGGAAGACUACUUAGUGCAACCGCCGCCGUCCGGAAUGCCGGCACCGCCGAGGCUGGGCUACGUCAUUUCGGGAACCAAGGGCGAUGGGGCUCGGAUGAAGCGAGUGCUGCAAGCCCUGUACCAUCCGAGAAAUCACUACGUCCUGCACCUCGAUCUCGAGGCUUCCCCCAGAGAGAGGGUGGAAUUGGCCAGAUCCAUCAGGCUCGAUCCCACAUUUUUGGAGGUUGGAAAUGUACAUGUGGUGGGCAAGGCAAAUCUGGUCACCUACAGAGGCCCCACCAUGGUCGCCGCCACCCUGCACGCCGCAGCAAUCUUGAUCAAGCAGAAGGCAGACUUCGAUUGGUUCAUCAACCUCAGUGCUUCAGAUUACCCGCUCGUCACGCAAGACGAUCUUCUUCAUGUGCUGUCAUACUUACCGCGCGAUCUCAAUUUCAUUGAGCACACCAGUGAUAUUGGUUGGAAGGAGUUUCAGAGAGCUAAGCCUAUCAUCGUAGAUCCGGGGCUAUACAUGAACAAGAAAAGCGACAUAUUUUGGGCCACGCAAAGACGGCCUGUUCCCACAGCUUUUCGUCUCUUCACAGGUUCUGCUUGGUUUGCUUUGACACGAGCAUUCAUGGAGUACACCAUCAUUGGGUGGGAUAAUCUACCUCGGAUAAUGCUCAUGUACUAUACGAAUUUUGUGUCAUCACCAGAAGGUUACUUUCACACUUUAAUUUGCAACGCCCCCGAGUUUCGAAACACCACAGUCAAUCACGACUUGCACUACAUUGCGUGGGACAACCCUCCCAAGCAACAUCCGCUGUCCCUCACAGUGAACCAGAUCGACAACAUGACCACGAGUGGAGCGGCUUUCGCUCGGAAGUUUGGCAGGGAUGAGCCGGUGCUGGACAAGAUAGACCAGGAGUACCUAGGACGAGGACCAGAUAGAUUCACUCCAGGUGGCUGGUGCCUGGGUACUACGGAAGGUGGGCAAGACCCGUGUGCGAUCAGGGGUGAUGUCAACGUCUUAAAACCAGGCCCUGGGGCCAAGAGAUUCGAGUCUCUGAUUUUGAAGCUGUUGUCUCCGAGCAGAUUUCGCAAGAACCAAUGUGCUUUAUAGGCCUGUCAGAUAAUCCAGAACCCUUCACCUGGUUCGCUCUUUACGUCCUGGAAAAAAUCUGGGUGACCAUUCGAUGUGAAAUACCGUCUGUCCGUUUAGAUUCUUCACGAUUAUGUAAAGCUCUACUGAGAGUGCUUGGUCAACCAGGGCAGUCAUUGCCAAAUUACAUGUCUUCUCAUCUAGUCUUCUAGAGGUCUUCAGAGAAGCUUAAUCAGUUUAUUUCAGUGCAGUUCCGGCCUUCACACUACACCUCAUCUCUAUUGUUGUACGCUCGUAUCUAGCUAUCAGCUCCAUCCAUUGAAAGUCAAAAUAAAGAUGAACCGAAUAAGCUUGAAAGCAAGCUAUUUGAUUUUGAUCUGAAUUGGGAAAACUGCCUGCACGUUAGGUCCGGGUGGUCGCUCCUGAUGGAACACAGUAGCCGGUGGACUCGCAAAGGAAAGGAAGCCGAUUGGCUACAGGUUCUUGGCGGAGGGGACGUUCCGUCUCGUCUGUGAGAGUCCCUGGAUGGCGAUGUAAUUAUAUUUUCUCUUCAGAGCCAAAGCAGUUUAUUCUAAUUUAUCUUCAAUGGCGCAUCGGCACGCUCACGCUC